AUGACAAGCGCUAUCAUCACGCGAAUCUGGGAAUCGCUCCUCCCCUCGAGUUCGAGGGCAACGUCGCAUGCUGGCGCGGGAAGCUCAAUAUCGUUUACGGCAAGCCUUUCGAACGUUCCGCAACCUAGAAGACAUCCGAAACACGAUGAAGGCUCUGAUGAUUUAUGCAUUCAAGUUGAAGAACACCCUUCCUACCCUGAUGCAGUACAAGACCCAUCACGACAUAACACACUUCAUUUGUCACCAGGAGUACUAUUCAAACACAGGCCCCUCGAUCACCAAAAGUGUUCCAUACGUCUCGUCACCGUAUGUCCAGAUCUUUCGGUCGAGGGUUAUAUCCAAUGCUCCAUGCGCUGUACGACGACACAUGCGCGUUACACUUGUUUAUCGUAUGCAUGGGGUGAACCGAAGUCGAAGCAUCUUCUACUGAUCAAUGGGCAACGAUUUUACGUACAGAAGAAUUUAUUCGACUUUCUUGGAAAUACUCGCGGUCAGACCAAAUACAAGCACGUAGAAUACUGGAUCGACGCUCUGUGUAUUGACCAAAGCAACGUGGUUGAACGCAACCAUCAGGUCGCACAGAUGGGUAUGAUAUACUCGAAAGCGAGAUACGUUAUUGCCUGGCUUGGGCCGAUUGACGGAGUAUCAGACUGUAAACCACAAGAAAUCACGGACUACGAACAUAUUGCUCGCAGUGCAUACUGGUCAAGAGCAUGGAUUACGCAAGAGCUUGUAUUGGCACGCCAUGUCAUCAUCAUGCUCGGUUUGAAGACUUCUAGUCUGGAUCGUGGUUGGCAUUACCUGUCCACUCACAAUAAAUCCGUGGCAGAAAGCCCAAUGAGGGACUUCUUUGAGCUCAACACCACCAGGGCCUCCAUACUUGGCAGCCCUUUGAUAUGCCUUCUUCUCAAAUUUUACAGUCGAAGAUGCAGUGUUGCUAGAGAUCGAAUCUUCUCCCUGGUAUCGUUGUGUUCCGAGAAAGAUGAUAUAACGAUCGACUACGAAUGUCCAGUAUUCCGGCUUGCGUAUCAAAUUGUCGCCGCGUGUCGUAACACCAUCUGUAUGUGUACUACUGUACUUAUUUUGGACAUGCUGGAACCCGAUAUUCAUCAACUACCUUCGGAUGAGCUAGCACUUCUUGUGACGGAUGGCCCAUAUCUUGAGUUCGAGCUUGCGGGCCAAGAGCUCAAAUUAGAUCCCAACACCUAUGUUCACCAGGGAGGAUCUUGCGCUUUGUUAGUUCAGCUGAUUAGAGAUUUGGACCCCAUUUGCCCGGUCGAAUACAAGGAAGAGAAUCAAACUGUCUCCAAAGGAUACAGCUGGUUCAAACGCGCCAAUCACUCUACGGAGUGGACGUUCCGAGUGUCAUUCGUAUACGCAUGGAUCUGGUAUAAGCAACAAGAAGGGCCACAACGGAACGACAUAGAGCAAAGACUUAGUAUACGGUCAAAGUCAGUGGGUAAAUACUUUGAACCUACUGAUCAUGUUCCACACUUGGGCUGGGGUAAUGUGGAGUCGCAGAGUAUGCUUGUAUAUUAUAGAUCAAGCGCGUGA